CCUAGCACAGAGCAGUCGCGUCGUUCCCCCGGCCAUGCCCCGGGCGAGGCGCCCCCGCGGCUGAAGGGCGACCGCCAUGUUCGGGUUCUUCCGGCGGCAGAGGUCGGCGGAGGGCCAGCCCCCGCCCGCGCAGCCCCCCGCGCCGCCCCCGCACGAGGACAGGAAGAGCAGGCAGGCGUCCUCCAAGGACCACGAGUCGCGCCGGCUGGAGGAGUUCCAGAGGCUGAAGGACGCGUGGGAGCAGGAGAGGAAGCAGCUGGUGGGCCAGGAGCAGCAGCUGAAGAAGCAGCUGGCGGACAAGGACUCUGAGCGCAACGCCCUGCUGUUCAAGAUGGAGGAGCUUCAGCGCGACGUGUCCGUCAAGGGCGCCGGCAUGGAGCGCCUGCAGGCGGAGCUGGACUCGGCCGCCAAGGAGUCGGACUGCGUGCGCAAGAGGAUGCACCGGCUGGAGGAGGACCUGGACGGAUUCAAGCGGAAGAACUCUGAUCUGGCGGAGCAGCUGCUCAGCAAGGCCGGCGAGCCCGCGGACGAGGCGCCGGCGCAGCUGAAGGAGAAGACGCGGCUGCUGGAGCAGCAGCUGGCCGAGCUGCGCAAGGAGCGCGAGGACAUGCUGAACGAGCGCGAGGAGGAGAUGCGCAUCGUGCAGGAGGCGCUGGAGGAGGCGCAGGAGGAGAAGCUGUCGAUCCAGGCGCGCUUCGAGCAGGACUUCGAGAAGCUGCGCACGGUGAACACGGACCGCGAGCAGCAGCUGCUCGACGACUUCGAGUGGAAGCUGCGCGAGGUGGAGCAGGCGUGCAAGCGGCGGCUGGAGGAGCGGGACCGCGCCGCCGAGGAGAGGCUGAGGCAGCUGCGGCAGGAGCUGGAGGCGGAGCACCGGGACCAGGACAGCGCCUCGCAGCUCAAGUCGUGCGAGGCGGAGGUGACCCAGCUGCGCGGGCUGACCCACGAGCAGCAGCGCUCGCUGAGGAAUGCCGCGCGCCAGACGGAGCAGCUGCAGGUGUCCGAGCGCAUGCUGAAGGAGGAGAUCGCCCGCCUCCAGUCGUCGCUCGACAAGGAGAAGGCCCACUACUCGGCCAUGCAGACUAUUCACGACAGACGCAUGGCUGAGUUUGAGAAGAAACUUCAGAGUCGCUUAGAUCAGCAGAAAAGUGAACUUACGGCAUUUUGGGAGGACCGGAUGAGGAAGGAAUGUGCUCGGCUGAAGACGGAGCUGGAUCAGAUCCACACGGAGCAGCAGAAUCUGGCCAUGGAGUCGGUGAAGGCUCAGAAGGAGCAGGACAUGCAGGCAGCCAAAGAGGAGUGGGACCGCAAACUGCAAGGCUGCGCCAAGGAGGUCUCGUCGCUGAGGAAGCAGGCCGCGGAGAGGGACUCCCACCACCAGGCGGAGCUGCAGCGGCUGCAGACGAACGCGGACCGGGACAUCCUGGAACUGCGGAGGAAGCUGGACAAGCUGGACAUGUCCUACCAAGAGCAGAUAGAGCGGCUGGUGGAGAAGCACGAGCGGGAGAUGCAGCAGCUGAGUGAGGAGUCGGAGAGGCGGGUGCAGCAGCUGGAGCAGAACUGGCAGCUGCAGGCGACCUCGACGAGGACCACGCUUGAGCUGGUGAAGGAACAGAUGGAGCGAGAUGCCCGGGCCCGUCUGGAGGAGGCAGAGGAGCGGCACCGCUCGCAGCUGGCCCAGCAGUGGGACCAGCUGAUGGAGCAGAAGGACCAGGCCCUCCAGGAAGAGGCCAGGCAGCAGCACGUGUUGGCGGAGGAGGUGAAGGCGCAGCUCGAAGCGGCCACGACGAGCCACAAGGCCCGCGAGGCGGAGCUGCUGGAGACGAUCGCCGACCUGCGGGGGCAGCUGGAGGGCCAGUCGACGGCGAUCGGGGGCCUGCAGGGCAGCGUGGACCUGCUGGAGGGGGGAAUGCAGGUGCUGAACCAGCAGAUCACCGGCCAGGAGCAGGAGCUGGCCCGCGCCCAGCAGCAGGCCGCGCACAAGCUCAGAGAGAGGGACGCGCACUGGGAGGCUGAGCUGCGUCGCCGGCUGGCGGAGCUGGCCGCCCGCCAUGAGGAGCAGAGGCAGCAGUGGCGCUCCCAGGUGCAGCAGUUCCAGCGCAAGGUGCAGGACAAGAUCGCGCACCUCUCCAAGCUUCUGGAGGAGUCACGCAAGCGCUACGAGAACCGCGAGUCUCGGCCGGAGGACUUGAAGCUCAUCGCAGCCCUGCGGCAGGCGGUCGAGGACAAAGAUCGGGAGUUGGCCAGCCUGAAGGGGGAGGGGACGGUCACACGGCCUGGCGCGGCCCCCGUCGGGAGCGGUCACUGCUGGGAAGGCGGAGGGCCCGGGGGUCCGGGCAGGGAAGAUGCAGUCGUCUCGCCCCGAGCUCCUGUCGAGGGCUUGCAGUCGGCUGACGUGCCGGCGGGUAGCACCCGGUCUGUUCCCGGGGCCAGCGCGUCAAGGUCCACAGACCACCCCCCGGACCCCUGUUGACUUCUCCGGUCCAGUUGCGAGCUUGACCAGAGGGCAACGCCCUGUAGCUACCCAGAAAGUGAUCUGAUUGACCACCAAGCGAGAACCAACUCUCCAAAAAACAUUUGGGGCAGUUGUUGUUGUAGUUCAAGACUGUGUUAGCUAUUAUCAUCUUUGAAAGAUUUGUGCAAUGGGAGUGCAUGACUUCGAUGUAAGCUUUUGGACGUACGCCAUUGCUAAGGUCCUUUAGCGAUGGCGUAUGUCCGAAAGCUUAUAUCAAGUCAUGUGUUAGCUAAAGAUGUUAAAUACCUUCUAGCAAUGAUGCGCAAGUAUUUUCCACGAAAGGAAUUACGAAUUAGAAAUUUUUUUAUUUGAUGUUGCUUGAGAACCUUUUGUCAAUUUGCUGCUACAGGUUGUACUUAAUAUCACUUAUUUAUGCACAUUUAAUUAAUCUGUUCAUUACAUCAGCCACGAUGUUUUAAUGUCCUUUGCCACCAUCAGUGUUUUCUUUAACAGAGUAAACAGUAUCUCAUUUCCUGAUAGUAAUGAGGUGUUGAAAUUUUUAUUCUUCAAACUUAGGUAAUAACAACACUUUUUAAUAAGUACCGGUUACAACUUUGUGCUAGCUGUGAUAUGCCUUUUAAUAAUUAGAGACAUUUUAAUAAAAUAUGUGGAUACACUAUGUAUUGAGGUAACUAAUUUGCAAUUGGCAUCAACAUCAAAGAAUCUAAAAGGUUAUGCACAUGAAUACCUACCUUGAUAAAUAUUUGUAAUUCUGAAGUGCAUUGUGAUAGUUGUCCCACAGUUAUUAGUUUGCUACGAAAACUGAAAUUAAAAUGACCAACUCUACCGUCGAACAGUUUUUUUUCAAUAUUCAUGGUAGGAACUGUCGGGAAUUGGUUGCAAUAUCUAAAAUUAUAUGAUGGAAAUAUGUUACUGAAAUUAAUGAAGUUUGUAUGUAGUGUGUGUGAUAUUUUUUGCAUGAAAAAUGUGCUAUCUAGAAGAGUACAUAUCUAUGCAGUAUUUAGGUUAAAAUUUAAUUAUAGUAUGUGUGGUUCUGGAUUUUUAUUUCCUGAAAUUUUUUUUGGGCACAGUAUUAACCAUUGAUAACCCCCCUGUUGCAACCCACCUUUGUUUUCUGGAAAAUAGUAAAUGGACCCAGGCUUGGAUACUACUUUUAAAUUGUAGGUAUAUUGUAUUAGUGUUAAUGUAAAAAUUAAAUGGAAGUUGCACCUAAUAAUGUUUCUGAGAAGUUUUAAAGAUUACCUGAAUACACUUAAGUUGGAUAUUGAAUUACCAUUGUGAUUAUGUACUGGAUUUUUAAAGUAUGUAAUUUAUCACCAGAACUAAUGUGUAUGACAUAUCCAAUUUAUGUGCCAAAAUUCAGCUUUUCUGUAACAGUCACAGUAUGCAGGACUACAUCCAUUUCCAAAUUAGCAUACUAAACUGGUAGCUCUUUACAUUUUGCAUAUAAUGUACAUGUUAGCACCUCAAGGAAUUACAUAGUUAAAUCGCUUUGCCUGUAGCUUACAUUCCACUUCGAAAUUUGGCUGUUUUAGGUACUUCCGUUUUUAUUAAGUUAGUCAGCCAAUUAUUUAAUGAAGAUAUUGUUCCAAUUUGCAUAUUAAGAAGGAAAAUUGUGCUAAUGUUUUAAAAAUAGUCUGUAAAAAUUUAAGUAUGAUUAUUUAAGUCAUAUCAGUUAACUAACGCGUUAAUGACCGUGUUUAAGUUUGUGCUCAAAGAUCGAGUGGGAUGUUAACUGAAGGUAUAGUAUUUGUUGUUCUGAAAAUAUUAAACUUCCUUUUAAAAACUCCCUGUGGCACCUAGGGCUGUUAUACAUUAUGAUGCUAGCAUUUUCUUAAGACAUUCUGUAGUAAACAAACAUUGAGAGAUGGAUGUUGUGUUCACCAUGGAACGAUGAAGGUAGACAUCACAUGAUUUUUUUAAUAUGUCAAAUCUUUAAGCUGGACUAGUCAUUCUGUGUGAUUUGCACGUUUCAUGUUGGUUUAUAUGACUGGCAGCUUGUAAAACGUUGAGUGUGUUUGAGUGGAUAAAUAAUAUUGUUUUACUGGUUUGUAAUAUAUGAUGUCUUGAAAAAAAUAAUAAAACAAAUUGUAUUUAUUA